GCAGAUACCAGAUGUGCGCGUGUGCAUGAAGACGUAUCCAGGUGCAAAACACCACCUCUGGCAGUCAUGAGGAAUAGAGGGCUGAAGACGCAGUCCUGAAGAUUGAUGGAGGGCCAUGCUAUUCAAACAGCAGGCAUUGCUGAGACAAAAGCUCUUCGUUCUGGGCAGCCUUGCUAUCGGAAGUGUCCUCUAUCUUGUGGCCAGGGUUGGGACUUUGGAUAGGCUACAGCCCAUUUGCCCCAUUGAGAGCAGACUGCCCCCUCCAGAACCAGAGCAAAUCCCUCUCCGCACCCUGCAGUUUAAGCGUGGCCUGCUCCAUGAACUACGUAAGGGCAAUGCCACCAAAGAGCAAAUCCGCCUGCACAACCUGGUCCAGCAGCUGCCUCGGGCCAUCAUCAUCGGGGUGCGCAAAGGGGGCACCCGCGCCCUGCUGGAAAUGCUCAACCUGCAUCCCGCAGUGGUCAAGGCCUCACAGGAGAUCCACUUCUUCGACAACGACCAAAAUUACGCCCGCGGCAUCGACUGGUACAGGGGAAAGAUGCCCUUCUCCUUCCCUCAUCAGAUCACCAUUGAGAAGAGCCCUGCCUACUUCAUCACAGAGGAGGUCCCUGAACGCAUCUUCAAGAUGAACUCUUCCAUCAAGCUGCUGAUCAUCGUCCGAGAGCCCACCACCAGAGCUGUGUCCGACUACACCCAAGUGCUGGAGGGCAAGGAGCGCAAAAACAAGACCUACCACAAGUUUGAGAAGCUGGCCAUCGACACCAGCACCUGCGAGGUGAACACAAAGUACAAGGCCGUCCGGACCAGCAUCUACACCAAACACCUGGAGCGUUGGCUCAAGUAUUUUCCUGUGGAGCAGUUCCACAUCGUGGAUGGGGAUCGGCUCAUUACGGACCCGCUGCCGGAGCUGCAGCUCGUCGAGCGCUUCCUCAACCUCCCGUCUAGGAUCAGCCAGUAUAACCUGUACUUCAAUGCCACCAGGGGAUUUUACUGUCUGCGAUUUAACAUUGUCUUCAACAAGUGCCUGGCAGGCAGCAAGGGCCGAAUCCACCCAGAAGUGGACCCGUCAGUAGUGACUAAACUGCAGAAGUUCUUUCACCCCUUCAAUCAGAAGUUUUACCAGAUCACUGGUAGGACAUUCAACUGGCCAUGAUGAGUUUAAACUCCUCCAAUGAGAUUCUUUGGAUUGGUGUUUUUUUUUUUUUUUAAUUUAAAAAAAAAUAAAUGCCAAGUUACAAGAUCUAAAACGAUAUUAAUAGCACUUUGAUUGAAUUUAAUACAAGAAUGACAGUGUGACCAAAUAUAAAAGGAACUUGAUGUAAGUUUGUUUUUACGUGUGUGAAAAUACAAAAUAGUUUGAUGGUUUGACUAAAAGAUUCAGUUCAAAGCACUUGAUCUCGCAAAUUAAUUCAUCUGUCUGUCAAUGUUUUCCCCGUGAAGAAAAAAAAAACUGAGCUGUGUGAUUAACUAAAGAGAUUAUUUUUAAAAGACUAUCAAACACUGACAUUCAUGCUGUUAAGAUAAGCUUUAAGUGUGCUGCUUUUAUUCAUGAUAAAACACCUUCAAAGGCGACAAAAUGACAUCUGAUAAACAACAAAAAUGUUCAUUUGUUCCCCAUCAUGUUGUUUACUUGACCAAAAUUGCAUGUGCAAUCCAGAUGCCAUUACAACAUAGUAGACUCUUGUGUUAGUUAUCUUCUGUUUGUUCAUAGUCUUUUAUUUAAUACCCGCUGUGAUCAGUCCAUUAGAAGGUGGCCUCCUUUAAUUCUCAACACAGCACCCAGUCUGACGAACAGACAAGGCUUAUCAGAAUAGAUCUAGUGUUUCAAGCUUGACUGUCACCAUGUCCCAAACCUUUAAAGCAUUUAAAACUUGAGCUUGUGUUUUUUAAUGUAACUAUGCUGUUUCUUUCCCCUACAGCUGUCUCAUUGGUUUGCCAAACACCCAGCAAAAAAGCCAUAGUGGGAAAAAAAAAAAAGAAAAAAAAAAAGAAAGUCGUCCUCUGAUGAUUCCUGUCAAACCAAUUGUUUAUUCUAUGAUGAUUAGCAAAAUUUGUCUGUUUCUGUGCAAAUAUUCAUUCUGUAUCAUAAGUGUGUUGUUAAAAAA